CGUUCUUUUUUCUCCUCCGCUCCCGGUUCUUCUCUGCUUUUCGGUCCACGUGUAAGCUAAAAUAUAUUUUCCCUUAAAAAUUUAAUCCAUAAAAUUGGACCAAAUGGCUUCAUCGUUCGAACAGAUGAGAGCGAACGUUGGGAAACUCCUACGAGGGAUCGACAGGUACAACCCUGAAAACCUCACAACGUUGGAGCGCUACGUGGAAACGCAAGCGAGAGAAAACGCCUACGACCUGGAGGCAAACCUGGCCGUGUUGAAGUUGUACCAGUUUAAUCCAGCCUACUUCCAGACUCAUGUGACGUCACAGAUUCUGCUGAAAGCUCUGACCAACCUGCCGCACACAGACUUCACUCUCUGCAAGUGCAUGAUCGACCAAACACACCAGCAAGAGGAGCGUCCCAUCAGGCAGAUCCUCUACCUGGGGAACCUGCUGGAGACCUGCCACUUCCAGAGCUUCUGGGCGAGUCUGGAGGAGAACCGGGAGCUCAUCGAUGGCAUUACUGGUUUUGAGGACUCCGUUCGAAAAUUCAUCUGCCACGUAGUGGGGAUCACCUACCAGACCAUCGAGCACCGGUUACUGGCAGAGAUGCUGGGAGACCCCCUGGACACACAAAUAAAGGUGUGGAUGAAUAAAUACGGCUGGACGGAGAACGAGGACGGACAGAUCUUCAUCUACAACCAGGAGGAGAGCAUCAAGCCCAAGAACAUCGUGGAGAAGAUUGACUUUGAGAGUGUUUCCAGCAUCAUGGCCACAUCUCAGUGACACAGACCCACACAUCAGUCAUCUGCUUUCUCUUCAGAAUAAAAUAAUUAUUAAUAAACUCCAUUGUAUUAAAA